AUGGCUACCCUUAAGGUAUACCACAGCGACGGCUGGCGCUGCGCUCUCGCUUUUUGGGCCUACAGGAAAGCGCAGGACCGCUUUGCUUCGACAAAAGGGCGCUUUUCGAAGCGAAGCGAAGCGGUUUCACCGUUGAGUCGAAUAGUCGAGCCAAAAAAUGAGCCAGCAUUAUUCGACUCGAAUCGAUUCGAUUUGAGACCACCUCAGGAUAUUGUCCCUCCCAACUUUGGGAUCAAAUCCUCCAAAAAUGCAGCAGGUUUGGGAUUCAAGUUCCAAUAA